ACCACCAUCCUGUCUCACUAUACUUGUCCAAACUUCUCUGCCAGACGAAAAGCGACAUCGAGCAUGGCAGCCCCUGCCCCCACGACAAUGGACGACCUCAAGGCCGUCAUCACCCCGGAGCUGCUCCAGCUCAUGGUGACCAACCACCUCGGUCAUCCCCGCACCUCCCCGCUCAACUACUACGCCUUCAUCACCAGCAUGUUCACGGGCGGGCCGGCCGUCGAUCCCGCACUCCUCCACUCCAAAGUCUGGCCUGCCCUCCUCGCCAUAUCCCGCUUCCCCGGCGCGCCCGCCAGCUUGACCCCUUCCCUCCUUGCAGAGACAUUUCUCCCUCCGCCGGAAGACCCGACCUUUCCGGAUCAAGCGCUAGGUCUGAUCCUCCUGCUCGACCAGGGGCCCCGGACCUUCUGCAAGGCCAGCGGGGACGCUCCGACCGACGUGCGCUACACGGACGGGUUCUUCGCGCACAUUGCGCUGCCCCUGGCGCGGUGGCUGCUGCUCGACGAGGCGCAAGGCGGAGGGCUGUCCGAGCCCUCGCGGCCGAACAGCUGGGCGCGCUGGGAGAGCCGAGGGGUCACGCCGGACUACUACGUGCUGGUCCGGUUCAUGUUCGGCGCUGUGCUCGUGCAUGCCGAAGAGGCGAGCGCGAGAGCCCAGGCGAGGGCCUACACCGAGGCCGCGAGGCGUUGGGUUGAGGAGCGGUACGGGGUGACUGAUCCGUUCCGGGAUGCGGGGAAUCCGCUGCGGCAGGAGCUGAUGGAGAAUGACCUGUACGGCUUUCCGCGGAUGGUGACGGCAAUGGUCAAGGGCGAGUUGCCAGACAAGAAGGGCCUGGAGGAGGGCAAGGUUAAUGAGGACGGAAAGCCGUGGAUGGGCGUGGCGCAGGGGUUCUUCUUCCUGGCGCUGCUGUUCGACGUGCACCUGCCGCUGCUCGAAGGGUUUGGCCGCUAUCCGUAUCGUAAUGGCGCGAUGGGCCGCGUGCAUACGCCUGAGGAGGUGGCGUGGAUGGCUGGGCAGGACAUGUUCAAGGAGCUGCCCGAUGAACUCAGGGCGAGGUUGCGGGAGGAUGUCGAGGCCGGAAAAUGGACUCCUCUGGGUGGCGAGCCCUCGUGAGGAGUGGAAUUCAUUUUCUGUAACGACCAUCUGGACCUUUCGAUUUAACUAUCUUAUAUAACCCCAAUGGUGCUCUGCCUUUCACCCUCACGAGAAGCACCAUCUGUCUUGUUGGAAUUUCUGAGCGGAUCCCCGCCAAUGGUUCCUGAUCUUCUCAAUCUGCGUGCUUGCUCCAUCGCCG